UUAUCAUCUAUGUCAAGAAGUCAAAUUAUAAAAAAUGAGGAUGAUUCAUAUGAUUGUAAAUCAAACAGAAACAAUUCAAAGUAUAAACAAACUAUGUAAUCACAUUCAGAUUAUUAUGGAAAUGAUAAAAAAAAAGUAGGUCGUUGGACACCUGAAGAAGAUGAUAAGCUUUAAAAAUUGAUUGAAGGUAUUCAAUUUGAAUUUAUCUAUAGAAUAUGGAGAAAAGAGUUGGAGAAUGAUAAGUAAUGUAAUGGAAGGUAGAAGUGCAAUUUAAUGUUUACAUAGAUGGACUAAAAUACUAAGACCUGGACUCAAGAAAGGUACAAAUUAAUAAUUUAAAUAUUUAGGACCUUGGUAAGAUAAUGAAGAUGAAAAACUAUUAGAAUGGGUUAAGAAUAAUGGACCUAGUAAAUGGUCUUUAUGUUCUGAAAACAUUGCAGGACGUUCAGGAAAAUAAUGUAGAGAAAGGUGGUUUAAUAAUUUAAAUCCAAAUGUGAAAAAGGGAGGAUGGACAUCAGGUAAUUAUAAAUACUAUAAAUUUAGAUGAAGAUCAUGAAAUUUUCAAGGGUUAUUUAACAUAUUCAUCCUCUUGGUCUAAAAUUGCUAAGAAUCUUUAAGGAAGAACUGAAAAUUCUGUUAAAAAUCGUUUUUAUUCAACUGUUAGAAAAUUAUUAGCUGAUUAAGAAAAGAAUGGACUAUCUCUAUAAGUAUAACAAAAUUAUAUAUAUUAGAUGUUAGAAAUUAAAUAAGAAAAUGGAGCAUCAGCAUUAUAAACUUUCUUAAAAGAACAUCUUUAAAAGUUUGAAUAAUAAAUGUAAAUUUAAAUGGAUGAGGAAUAACCAGUAUAAGAUUAAAAAUUAGAAGAAUUUGCUAUCAAAUCAGAAGAUGAUAGUAUGUCUAAAAGAAAAAUACAUACUGAAAAUUAUUAAGAAUAAAAUUUACUUUAUAGAUUAUUAUAAUCAUAAGGAGGUCCUAUUAAAAGAACUUCUUGUAUGAAAGAUUAUUCAACUAUAUAUAAGAAAUAUAAAAAGAGAUAUAAUUAAAGAAAGAAAGAUAAAAAAUAAUCUGAAAAAGUUGAGAAUCUUAAAAAGAUUAUAAUGAAAAAAGAAAUAUGUAAAUCUACAUCUGAAUUAUAAGAAUUAAAUUUAAAAUAAAAUCUCAAACAAUAUCUUAUUAAUUUUCAAGAAUGUAAAUAAGAAGUCUAAUCUUAAAAUUAAGAUUCAGAUAGAAUGAAUGAAUUUUAAGAUAAACUAUUAACUUUCUUUAAUUCAUAAUUAGAUUAAAUUAUGAAAAAAGUAUAUACUGAAAUGGAUAAUACAAAAUAAUAAAAAACAAUUUAAGAUGAAUAAUAAGAUUAAAUAAUUAAUUAAUUAAAGAGUUAGAAUUCAAAAAGGUAAAUUACUAAACCUCUUAAAGUAAAGGAAGAUGAAGCCUAAUAAAAUCAAUAAGUUAUGAAUACAUUUCUAAAAAAAUUCAUUGAAUUUGAGAAUAAAAGUGAUAAAAAAGAAAUCACUAAUUUUAUGAUGUAAAAUCAUAAAAUUGAUUCAAAAAUGAUAUUUCUAAUUAGUUAAUUGCAUACUUUAGAAAAUAUGUUAGGUGAUACAAAAAAAGAAUUUAGCCGAUUAGAAUCCAGCUUAUAUGAUAAAAUUCAUAAUACUUCCUUUCAAUCUAGUAAUUCAAGUGAAAAUAAUUGA